AUGGCUUCCACGACCGGGACGCCGUCCGACGAGGCUACCUCCACCACCGCUAAUCCGGCGCAUGGGCAGUGGAUCCAGCAGGAUCAAAGCAUCCUCUCUCUCCUCAUAUCAUCUUUGUCGGAGGAGGUCAUGUACCUUGCCGUCGGCAAGACCACCUCCCGCGACUUCUGGACGUUAAUCGAGACGGCGUUGGCUUCCUCCACCCGUGCUCGCUGUUUGAACCUGCUCGGCCGCCUCCAGGCACUCCGGCAAGGCGACUCCACUCCGGCCGAAUACAUUGGCAAGACCCAGCUCCUUGUCGAAGAUUUGGCUCAGGCAGGCCGCCCCAUCUCUUUAGACGAACAGAAUCUAUACGUGUUCCGAGGACUCCGGCCUGAGUUCCGUGCCAUGGCUGGAUCUCUUGCCAUCACCGGCACGCCAGUAUCUCUUCCCCAGCUCUCGGAUUACCUCCAAACGCAAGAGUUCAUCCAUGCGAAUGACUAUCUUACCGGCGGAUCGCUAGCUCCUGGUGGUGCGACUGCGAUGGUGGCAAAUCAUGGUCGCCGGAACAACACUGAUCAUGGUGGUAGACACAAUCGGGGUGGAAACCGUGGCGGGCAACGUGGCAGAGGCGCUCCGGGUAGAGGCCGUGGCGGUGGAACACCCCGUUGCCAGAUUUGCGGUUCGCACGGCCAUACGGCGGUGUACUGUUUCCGCCGCUACUCCGAUCAGCCGCCACCACCACAGGCUCAUGUCGCCGUGAAUGGAGAUGCUGCCGCGACUGAGGUCUCGGCGUGGUACCCGGAUACCGGGGUGUCAUCCCACGCUACGCCAGACGCCGGCAUGUUGGCGCAAUCCGAUGACUACUCGGGCUCUGACGUCUUACGCGUUGGAAAUGGGACAGUUGAUAAUAACGUGUUUUUUGAGUUUCACCCAAAAGUUUUUGUUGUGAAGGAUUGCAUCACCAAGGCGGUGCUCCUUAAAAGUCCAGCCUCGGGUGGCUUAUAUACACUCACAAUACCACGGUGUCAGCAAGCUUUUAUUCAGGCAACAGUUUCAUCGUGGCUGGCUGAAGAGAGCUUUGCUGAUGAUACCGGUGGCUUCAAUAUAUCGAUCAACGCACCUGGAGAUGCAACUGCUCUCGCCCCCGCUCAAGCUACUCCCAGGCUUGGUGAUGCACUUGUCAAAGCAUUUCUCUCUCAUAGUCUGUAA